AUGUGGGAUUUUUCUUCAUUUUUGGUUUGCAAUUGGCUUGGUGCAUUUCCUAUUGUAUACAACAAAAGCAGUAGGACAUUCUCAACGUCAAAAUAUGGCCUGUUUAUCACUUUCGUAUAUGUCGUGAUUGUUGGACUACAAAUAUAUACGCAUUUGAUGAUGAUAUUUUUUGGUACUAUAAAGAAAACCUCGGCUGUCACAUCUAUCGUGUUGUGCACCAACGGAAUUGGAUUGCUGUGCAUGUUAUUGAGAAGAAUGGUGUUUGUAAGCGACACAGUAAGAUGUUACAACAGCUUGUCUGAAUGGUCAGUUGACAAUUCGGUACAAAGAUCGUCAGUUGUAAUUAUGUAUACCAGCAUAGUGUCAGUGCUAAUCGAAUUCGUCGGAGAGAGUAUUGAUAGACGCAGGAAAAACAAGCCCUUGAACUUAGAUAACAUUACUACCUAUGCGUUUUUGGGCUUCGAAAUGCAACUGAUUCAUACUUUCCACGCGAUUGGUCGAUUGUACAGUGAUUUGAACAACUACGUCGAGUCGGACUUAAUCGAUAACUUCGAACGGAUACGCCAAGCUCGUCAAAGAAAUCUCGUGUUGUUCACGUUUUGCAAAAAGUUCAACUCACACUACAACAUGGAUUUGAUCAUACUCUUGUCAUGCUACCAGUUAUACGUGCUUUUGGUAUUGUUUAAGCUCAUGAAUAGCCUGGCCACAAGUAUUGCGACCGAAAAUUUUUUUUACAACUUUGCAAACUUAAAAGAUAUCAUCAGAAUAAUACGUAUGACAAGAUUAUUUAUGGUUUUUAUCUAUCUAGUAGAGUCAAGUUCUUAUUUACAUAAUAAGAGUGUUUUUACAUUUUAUCAUAUAUUACGCAAUAGAGUAAAUUGUCUGAAUCAUCAAACCAAAGAACAGGUUUAUUUAUUUUUGAAUGAACUAAAUGCUACAGAAGUAAAUAUAUCAGCGAACCAUUGCUACGAUGUUAAUAAAAAGUUUCUAUACUCUGUAUUUGGUUCCAUUGUUGGGUUUAUCGUACUGGUUGUAUCUUUUUUGUGUAAUCGAUUCUAAAGUAUUAUAU